AUGAGAUACUCUGCCCUUUUUACUGCUGCUGCCAUGGUCAACUUGGCCACCGCUGCCUACGUGCCCAACGAUAACUACAGCACCUUGACACCUGCUGCUCCUGCUCCUUCUGGAGCCACUGCUGACCACACCCACUUGUUUGGUAUCCAGAUCGUCACUUUAGAGUCGACUGCCACUGCUGCUCCUUCUGCCAACCACAAGAGAGAUGCUGUGCAACAGAUCGGUGAUGGCCAGGUCCAGAAACAGACCUCCAUCACUUUGUCAUCACCACCUGCUCCUACUGCUUCUGUGGUGAACCAGAUCGGUGAUGGCCAAAUCCAGCACCAGACUGCUGGUGUUGUGAACCAAAUUGGCGAUGGCCAAAUCCAGCACCAAACUGCUUCUGUGGUCAACCAAAUUGGCGAUGGCCAAAUUCAGCACCAAACUGCUUCUGUGGUCAACCAAAUUGGCGACGGUCAAAUUCAGCAUCAAACUGCUUCUGUGGUCAACCAGAUUGGCGACGGUCAAAUUCAGCACCAAACUGCCACCUCCAGCGUGGUCAACCAGAUUGGUGACGGUCAAAUUCAGCACCAGACCACUGCUCCUGCUGCCUCGCAAAUCAGCGAUGGCCAGGUGCAAAACCCAACUGGCACUCCAACUCCAAACGCAGACAAGCCCACUGGCGGAUUUCCAGCUUCCUGUAAGACUGAAAACUCGUUGGGAAUGAACUUGAGCGGAGGAAUCUUGAAGGACGCCAAGGGCAGAGUCGGAGCCAUUGUGGCCAACAGACAAUUCCAGUUUGACGGCCCUCCUCCACAAGCCGGCUCCAUUUUUGCUGCUGGGUGGUCUGUCACCCACGACGGCAACUUGGCCUUGGGUUCUGAUGACGUUUUCUUCCAGUGUGCCUCCGGUGACUUCUACAACUUGUACGACCAAAACGUUGCUGCUCAGUGUACUCCAGUCAAGUUGAGUGUCAUCGACUUGGUCGACUGUUAG